AUGAACUUCAACUUUGGGUCUGGCCGAGCGGAUAACGGUCUGCCAGCACCUCAUCGUCAACUUGAACCUUUCUCCACGCUGCCGUUUGCACCAGAUCCGGACUACGUCGACCGGCCCGAUAUCCUCGCAUGGGUGCGCGACAAGUGCGCGGGAAACGGAGCGCGAGCAGCGCUGGUGGGUCUUGGCGGAGUAGGCAAAUCGCAGAUUGCGAUACAAUACGCCCAUAGCAUCCACGAUGCGAGCCCGCAGACAUUUGUCUUUUGGGUACAUGCUAGUACCCGCGCCCGGUUCGAGGAAGCGUAUAAAGAUAUCGCAGACCAGCUACAGCUGCCAGGCAAGGACGAACCCAAGGCGAACGUAUUACAGCUGGUUAAAAACUGGCUGCGGGAUAAGAGAAAUGGGAGGUGGUUGAUGGUAUUAGACAAUGUUGAUGAUGUAGAGACCUUUUUCCCAUCACGGAAGCGCAAGCGGGAUGAGACAGAUACCGACAGCCCUACUUCCCUGGCCACAUAUGUUCCCCAGAGCCUCAACGGGUCGAUAUUAGUUACUUCACGGAGCAAAGAUGCGGUCUCCAGCCUAGCAGGCGGUCACAACAGGAUUCGCGAGGUGCUUGCCAUGAGCAUAGGCGAGGGCCUCCAGCUGUUGCGCAACAAACUAUGCAACCCGCCCCUUGAGAAGAGCGCUCUAAAACUGUUACACGCACUCGAACAUAUACCUCUUGCUAUCAUAGAAGCGGCUGCGUACAUUAACCGAUGUACAAACAUGACGGUGUCACGUUAUCUGGACAAUUUUCAGAAAAACAAGACGAAUCGAGUGCGUUUGCUGAAGUGCGAUGUAGUGGAGUUGCGUCGAGAUCAGAGUGCCUCCAGCUCUAUACUGAAUACCUGGCAAAUGUCAUUCGAGCAGAUCCGCCAUGAGCGAGAAUCGGCAGCCGAUCUGUUGUCGCUCAUGAGCUUCUUUGACUCACAGGGCAUACCAGAGUGGACAUUGCGGCGAUUCAGAAAGUACAUGGUAAAGGCGACUGGCGUAGAAGAUGAUGAAGACGAAGACCAACACCAAAACCAAGACGAAGACAAAGAUGAAGAAAAUGGAGAUGAUAAUGAUGAUUAUGGGUUUGACGAGGAUUUAACUACUCUACGAGCGUACUCCUUGGUAUCGACGACCGCAGAUAAUGUAUGCGAUAUGCACGCUCUAGUGCAGUUCUGCACACGAGCAUGGCUGUCGUCUCAUGGUGAUGCAGAGCGAUGGGAAGGAGAAUUCAUAGAGCUAACGGCGCAAGAGCUGAUAGCGCAAGAGCCGCUUAAUGUGGUUGUCAAGAACUGGGAAAAGUGGCACCAGCUGUUUCCGCACGUGGAACUACUUUUUAACAGCAAGCCAUCCGGUAAAGAUAUAUUGCUGUUGUGGACCCGAGUUCUGAAACAUGCAGCGUUCUAUCUAUUUGAAAAAGGGGACUAUACUGCUGCAACACAGGCUACAGUAAAGAUACUAGCUAUUGAGGAGAAGAGUUUGGGUCCCAGUGAUAUGACAACUCUGUUUACUAUGUCACUAUUGGCGGUGAUGUUUCAGAGUCAAGGUAGGCACGAAGAGGCAGUAAGACUCAGCCAGCAAGCGCUAGAAGCAAAAAUGAGGGAGCUAGGAGAGUACCAUCCUAGUACUCUAGAAAGUGUGACACAUUUGGCAUCAGCACUGCGUUCUCAAGGCAAGGACGAUGAGGCAGAAAAUCUUUAUCAGAAAGCUCUAGCGGAUUGCAAGAAAGAGCUAGGAGAGAAGCAUUACUCAACACUGUCAACUAAAAGCAACCUAGCUUCAUUGAUGUGUAGUCGAAAAAAUCAUAGCGGGGCAGAAAAUCUCUAUCAAGAAGUUCUAGGGGUGUAUGAAAAAGAGCUAGGAAAGAAGCACUACUUAACGCUGUCAACUAAAACUGACCUAGCUUCAGUAAUGCGUUAUCAGAACAGGUAUAGCGAGGUGGAAAAGCUACUUCAAGAAGUUCUAGGGGUGGGUAAGAAAGAACUACGAGAGAGGCAUAGCUUAAUCCUGCGUAGUAUGAGUGAUAUGUCAGGAAUUUUAUCUGCUCAGGGUAGGUAUAGGGAAUCUGAGAAGUUAUAUCGGGAAGCAUUAGAGAUAUCCACCAAGAAGCUUGGGGAACGCCAUCUCGAUACACUGAUGCUUACUGGCGAUCUCGCCCGUUCUUUGCACAGACUUCAUCGAUACGUGGAAGCAACGAAGCUAUACCAACAAGCACACAACGAACUGACCGAGCAAUAUGGAUCUCAUCAUCCAUAUACAGUGAGAUUUCACCUGCUGCUUGAGAUAAUCCAGAAGGAAAUGGAAUUAGCUAGGUUAUCCGGGGAAGCCCAUGGUCAACAAACAGAGGACUCGCUCUAG